AUGCUUCUGUUUAUGCUUGCAGGUCUCCUGGGUCUAGCCUCUUCGGGAGACAAGAGGAGAGGAGCAGAACAAAAAUCACCUUACAUGGACCAAAUUACGGGCCAGCAGCACCAGCAGAAACCCGUUCAGUCGAAUCAGGCGGGCUUCACAGAAGGUGAUAUGGGACCCUGGGUAGCUCUGCAUCAUCCGCUGCCCGUCAUGCCACAGCAACACCGAGGAAUGCAACAGCAACAGCAGCGGAAGAAGCAGGAAGAGCAGCAAAAGCAGCAACGCUAG